UGAUAUUGACGUCUAUACUCAUAAUAAUGAGUCAUGUAUAUGUGUCGCUUGACGUAACGACUAACGUGAGUAACGUCCGAACAAACGCUCGGCAGGAGGCAAAAUUUUCAGAGACUGAGAUACGAUUUUGUCAAAUGAGAAAGCCUUUUGCUUUCCUUGAAUGAGUUACAUUAUCAUUGAGUGUCCGAGAGAAGGUGCAUCUACGUGCUAGUGCGGCUGGCGGUUGACAAUGCUGCAGCAGCAGCAGCAACAUGGAGAAUGGCAUCGCUAGUACUAGCAGCUGUGCUUCAACGUUAGCAGCGCAGAGAAGUAGGGAGUUCCCGGACACGAUGUCACGACUAGGAGUCCGUGUAGCGCUGUUGCUGCUAUUUGUGCUACUCGUUGGCUGUCCGGAUUGGAGCAGCGGUCAACCAGCCACAGAGCGACCAGCAGUGGGGAUAGGAACAACAGGUGCGGUUGUGAUCAACAGCCAUAGCAUUGCACCAACUCCUGCUGCUCCCGUCUCUCCCGCGGACGGCGGUGGUAACCAGGGAAGCGACGGUGGUGAUGACGCUGCGUCUGGAUCAUCCCCGGCACCGGUUACUAGUGACGACACAUCAUCCGGUGACAGAGCAGACCAGCAGACAACUGAACAUGUAACCGUGGUUCCAUCUAAGGUACCUAAUGAUAGAUCUGUGCAGAGCACUAUGAUGUCAUCAACCUCACCCAUGAUGUCAUCAGCUACGGUGACAAAGUCACGGGCGACUACAGGUUUCGACGCCAGUCCGCCCGUGGUCGCCUCGGGAAGCCUAGGAGCGGGAGCUGUGGCUGCAAUUGGUGUCAGUUUAUCACUGGCUGCUGUGCUGCUAGUUGUGGUAGUCGUCUGGUAUCUAAGCCGAAGAAAGAAGUUACGGUACAGUGGUUACCAGAUGAGCAACCUGGCGCGGCGUAACUAUGACGAUACGGACGGUGAUGAUGUGGUGACGUACAGGAAUGACGGCUUCGGUGCUUGGAGGGCCUAUGAUGAUCUAUAGCUAAGAGCAUGCAUGGUGGCGAACGGGAGCAUAACCGGUACGAUCAGUUCAAGGCAGAUAAUUCAGCUUGGCUAACUUUAGUAUAGUGAUUGGUGGUGCUAUGCACACACCAGUAUACAUAUGCACACACCAGUAUACAUAUGCACACACCAGUAUAGGCUAUGCACACACCAGUAUAGGCUAUGCACACACCAGUAUACAUAUGCACACACCAGUAUACAUAUGCACACACCAGUAUAGGCUAUGCACACACCAGUAUAGGCUAUGCACACACCAGUAUACAUAUGCACACACCAGUAUAGGCUAUGCACACACCAGUAUACAUAUGCACACACCAGUAUACAUAUGCACACACCAGUAUAGGCUAUGCACACACCAGUAUAGGCUAUGCACACACCAGUAUACAUAUGCACACACCAGUAUAGGCUAUGCACACACCAGUAUACAUAUGCACACACCAGUAUACAUAUGCACACACCAGUAUACAUAUGCACACACCAGUAUAGGCUAUGCACACACCAGUAUAGGCUAUGCACACACCAGUAUAGGCUAUGCACACACCAGUAUACAUAUGCACACACCAGUAUACAUAUGCACACACCAGUAUAGGCUAUGCACACACCAGUAUAGGCUAUGCACACACCAGUAUACAUAUGCACACACCAGUAUACAUAUGCACACACCAGUAUAGGCUAUGCACACACCAGUAUAGGCUAUGCACACACCAGUAUAGGAUACUAGUAACUACAGCGGAUGCCGCUGCCGUUGAUGUGACUCAUGAACUUUGAUGCCAGGAAAGAAAUUGAGCUUAAAAAAAACUACUUUUCCGUGAUGCCAGCGUGGCAUGUUGAAUUCUGGUGGGAAACAGUUGCACCACUCCCAUCCUCCCCCAGACACACGCUACGGGACCUCGAGGACGAUCUAACUCGCCAGCAUCAGUUUGGAUGCAGCCCAUAGCCCAUAGCUUUCUGCCGUUACCCAGCAUUUGCUGUUAACUAGCAUCCACGCCAGUGAUCCUAUUCAGUAACCAACCCUGGUAGUCUGCUGUUCUCUUGGGCAGACUGGCAACUUGCUUCACUGAGCUAUUGCCGUAAGGGCCGGUUAGUCGGUACAUACACUACAUGCAGUUUCCGGUAGAUACCGAACACCGUCAUGUGCUGUAUUUACCGACAGCACUGAGUCACUCACUUCCUUGUAGUUGUCACACUAGGCUUUUGUGAAUCUCUCUGCUCUCUGACAAACCCACUUCCUAAGAGCUCCCCAAUUACUCUUCUGCUUUUCUACUUCGAAGUAUUAUUUUCUAUUUCAGUGGUUUUAAAGCCAUUAUACCCUAUUUACUAAGCAAAAAAUUAAACUGUUUUGUAGGAGACCUUCCAUACCCUGUUGUCAUUUUCGCCCGGUCCCUCACACACACACACACACACACACACACACACACACACACACACACACACACACACACACACACACACUUGCACACUCUUGCUCACCUCUUCUCUUAACCCGCUUCUUUUAUCUUGCAUUGGUAUCAUUGGAACUGAUCGCUGAUCAAACAUGUGCAUCCACCCUGCACGAUACCCAGUUGACUGUGAUGAUCGACUGCACUAGGUAGUAGUCAUCAUAACGAUAUCGUAGAAUCUAUCGGAGUGGAAUUAGGGUGUUUAAAAUUACUUUGUAUGUUUAAGUUGUGUUUAUAUCAAAGCUGCCAUCUCAGCAUGUAAAAAAAGUAUAUAAUUUUUUGCUUUCAUUGUACAGAAAUGUAAGUGCCUUCU